UUUUGAAAUAUAAAUGUGUGGCCCUCCUUAAUGAAUUUAAUCAGCUAUUUAAACUUGAACCAACUUUACAGAAAGCCACUCGAGUUUCGCUGUGGACGAAGAAGGUUCAUAGCCCAAAAUGGGAAUAAAAGUGUUUCUUAUUUUCAACCUUCUCUUGAGUUUUUCAAGUUCAAAAGCGGAUAUUCCAGACUGCAACUAUUACGAUACUGUGGACCUGUCACAUAUUGAAAAGCAGAAUGGUUCCUAUGUAUAUGAAGGCAUCGUAAUUCCUGCUAACCUAACAGGUGAGUAUGACUUCAAGAUGAUACCAUACUGGGAAAGGCAACCAGAGACGAAACAUCUGAGAGGAUGUCUCUGCCAAGAGAAGCCGUGCGUCCGGUUUUGCUGUCCUCGCAAAAAUAUGUUACCCACUGGCGGAUGUAGUGAUGGUUUUAAGGAGGAAAUUUCCCGGUCAUAUCCCUACCUAAAUAUAAGUCUGGAGGAUGGUUCUAUAGAGACUCAAUACAUCAACAACCAGACCAUAAUGAGGACCCAGUAUUAUGAUUACGAUGAGGUGCUCGGCCUGAGGGCUGGCGAGUACUCGUUAUUCGAGAAUGGAACUAUAUAUAUUAACUCACUCAAUUCGUAUUGGAACAUUGAGGAAUAUUGCUUUUAUCCCCAUUCGGACUUCCUAGAAUCAUUAUGGAUUGUUGUGCACCACUGCGUUGAAAUAUAUACGAAAGAAAUUCAAACCCAGAAUUACUGUCCAAUUUCUUUUAUAUUUUUAAAGUAUUUUCCUCCAGUCAUGAUGAUUUCGAUUGUAUGCUAUAUUCUUACUACUGCCAUAUAUCUUUACGUAAAGCAGCUACUAAAUGUCCUUGGGAAGUGCCUUGUUAGUAGCUUUGUUUGCAAUAUUAUUUUAUAUAUACUCGAAUUGCUAGAUAAUUCAAGUUUGUUGAACGAAGUUUGCUCUCUAACAGGAUACACCUAUAUCUUCUUCGAGAUGGCCUUUUAUCUCUGGACUUCAGUAAUCAGCUAUCAUUUAUGGAUGACACUGACGUCACUCAACAGCAAUGAACCUGAAAAUCGCUUCCUGGUCUACAGUGCCUUUGCCUGGAUCCCUGCUGUUCUUUUCACUGCAAUCACCUUUGUUAUCAACUUAGUCUGGGAGAUUGAUCCCCAUUACUGGAAUUGGAUGCCUUUAGUUGGUUUCAGUGAAUGUGUGAGUAUGAGUUCUAAAUGGACUUCGAUGGUCUUCGAUAAUGGAGCCUUAACUGUCACAGGUAUCUUUAAUUGGACCAUGUUCAUCCUCACAAUUAGAUACAUUCGGAAAGUGAAGAAGGAGCUGAAGUAUUUUAGGCAACGGCAGGAUGGGACCUUGAACUGCCUUGAAUUCGACGGAGAGACUUACUUUCUCUUCCUGCGUCUCUCUGUCAUAAUGGGGUUGUCGUGGAUGCUGUUUUUAAGUGAUUUAAUAAGGGGGGAAAACGAAUUUCGUGAGGUGAUUACUGAGGUAGUUGAGUAUCUCAAUCACAGUCUCGGUAUUUUCUAUUUUGUUCUGCUCAUUGUUAAACGCAGCACCCUUCGGAUGCUCAUGGAUAGAAUUCGAGGACAGAUUGUCAAAUUAUGCUGAUGAUGAUUAUGAUUUCCUUUCUUCUGUCAGAUACCAACUACUCUGUUUUUUUAACCUAAACUGAUAAGUUUUACUGGCGCCAUCUAUUUCUUGAUGCA